AUGGACAAAGGUGCGAUGCGUCAUAUAAGGCCAAACAUCAGGAUCCGUGGGGUUCAAAACAGAGCUGGGCCUAACAGUAGCGAACGGAGUGGAAUGGCACAGUGUGGUAUAGGCGGCGGGCGUAAUAUGAUGCCAACACUGCGGCCCCCAAACUGGCGCACUGCAUGGCUGAGCAAGUGCACUCACACUGAUGCCGCAAAUAGGCGCGGCCCCACCGGCGAUCACUCGCGGUCCGAUACCACAGCCAACACUAACCCCGGCACUUUCAAUGCUCCCGCAUCUGCGCCAGUCAUGCUGUGCCGCGAUCCAGAGUCUGUCAUCAUCUCAGCUCAGCUUAGCUUCCGCCGAGGACUGGAGGAAUAUCGUCUUCGGCGCGCCAUAGCCACGCUAUUCGUUUACCCCGGCCAACAAAACGUCUUACGAGAGGUAUUGCUAUUUUGGCGUCGUAAGCCUCGGAACGGACCAUCGCCCCACGCAAUCAGGAAGAGGAUGUCCAAGUUACUAGGAGACAGGAAAUCGAAGCAGCUGGUCACAAUCCUACGAGCUGUUCCAGAAUAUCCAGAAUCCCCAGAAUCCCCAGCGCAUUGCCACUCCGAUGAGCAAGAUGUAGCAGCACAAGAUUAUCUGCGUAUCAAAGCUGGCAUGUCGCCGUCAUCAGCAAAAUCCCCCGCAUCGUUACUCGCAGGAUCCGUGUCUAUCUGGGGGAGGAAACAGAAAAAAGCAACAAGCAAUUCUAGCUCGAGCCCGAAAUCGAAAUCGAAAUCGAAAGAGCACCACAAAUCGCUGAAUUACGCCAUCGGAACCUACAAGCAUGGGAAGAUCCAGUGGCAGCGAAAGGAUGGCAGCUCUUCAAGUAGCCGCACGAAAAAGACUCUCGGCCCCGACAGGCGUUCAAGACCCAAGAUACAAAUAGUAAUCCCUAGUGGAAGGUGCGAUCAGCCGCUCCCCGCUCUCCCAAACUUCAGCCCUGCCGGACACGGAAGCGAUCACGAUAUAUCGCCCCAAUCUGCAAGCCACGUUUUUAGGCGAAAUUCUAUCGUUUCCCCGUGUGCGCAAUCGCAACCGCAAGCUAUCCCAUUCGGGCAACUGGAGCGUACAAUUCACAGCACUACAGGACUUCAGCCUUCGGCGCCGACACAUUCGAGCAGCUCUUCUUAUGCUUCAGAGGAGAGCGAUAAAUCGUCAGUGCUCAGCAACCGCUCGUCGGAGACAAGUUUGGAACAUGACGUCUCACCAAUACAAAGGGGCCCACCGCAAUCAUCCAAGUACCUUCCCAGUGGCCAGACUCUGGUUCCCGACGGGACCCUAGAAUCUUCACCAAAGAUAACCACAAACCUUGAUGAUGAGCAGCUUCGUCGUCAUGCUCCGUCGUCUGCGUUACCUCGAAGGUAUACCCACGCACCAUUCGGUGAAGAAGAAGCUGUCUUUCAAAUUACUUGUACAGAUCACGAUGCACAGCAUGCUUCACACAUCACGAAGAUAUCACGCAGUCCAACAUUGAACCGCAAGUCCUCCAAACGGAGCGGUCCGCGGCAAAGGACUGCCGCAAGUCUGUGCACAGGCAACCAAGCGAUUGGCCGAUACAUACCUGGAAGGUUCUCAGAUUCACCAGUAGUACUUAGCCCUACUCUGAGCGAGGCCGAAUGCGCACUUCAAAAGCAGUUGUCUGCAUGUGAAAACCUUACCGAUCUCCCCGCCGAUGACCGAGAAAGGACAACCCUUGCCGAAGGCAGCCCUUUCCGGGGGGAUGUACGUCAACCUCCGAGUGGGGGCGAAGCUGCAGGCCAACACCAAUGGGAUCUCGCUACCAUCCCUCUACCAGAUUCUCCACCCCCGGCUGUCCCUCGCAAAUCCAGCAAGCGGAAGUCUGUACAGACUCGCGUACCUACGGAUCAUAUUGCUUCGCAGCUGAUGAGAGGCCGCUCUCGAGGGAGUAAGACAUUGAAGUUAAUGAUUCCACAGUACAAAAGGACGAGCGUGGCUCAGGUGUUUACCCCGGAAACUAUCUUGGAUACCAAAAAACCGAACAUCACACCCCAGGGCGCGGAAACCGUUAUUCUUGGCAUUCUGCGACACCUAGAUCAUUUCGAAGAUCUGUUUUCUGCGGCUCUCGUCAACCAAGGCUUCUACCGAGUGUUCAAGCGCCAUGAGCUCAGUCUCAUCAAGUCUACCCUCCGGAAGAUGUCGCCUCCAGCAUGGGAAUUCCGCGAGAUUGCGUUCCCUGGUCAUGAUCGCUUACAUGCCGAAGACUUGGAGGUGACAAGACCGGAUGAGGAAUACACGACUGAUGGAUAUCUACAGCUCCAGAAGCGCGAUGUACAGGUUAUUCGCGCUAUCAAAUUGGAGAUUAUGGAGAAGUGUCAAUCUUUUGUACGAUCGGAAAUUUCAGCUGCGCUCAUGAGCGCAUGCCCAGCGGAGUCGGCAAGAGUUGACGAUGCGCUGUGGCGUAUUUGGUCAUUCUGCAAGAUAUUUGGCUCAGGCAAAGGGCGGGAGGACGACAUUGUUGCUCAGAUGGACUGGCUCAACGGAGGUGUGUUGGUUCAUCAGAGCACGUGCACUUUUAGCAUCAUGAGUACCGAUUUCAUGAACGACACAUUGGUCAGUGCACCUGAGAGUUUUGGAAAGGGUAACGAGGGGGGGUUGAGCGCUGAACAGCUCUUCGACAUGAUGGAGCUUUGGAACUGUUUGGGAGUGCUCCUACAAAACUUUGAGGGACGCACCGUGCAAGCACGUCAGGCCGGGAUAUACGACAACACGGACAUUCGUGGCGGCGACAUUGACGGCGAGGAAAUGAUGCUUGACGAAUGGUGCUAUCACCUCCUAACUUUUGGUCCGAGAGCUGUUCUCAAACUCACCGGCCCGUACCAUCCAUCAGACCCAACAGCCUUCAAGAUUGCUGCCGAAAACGGGUGGCUUAACUGGAAGCCUCCGGUAGCUAGGAGCACCCGACGAACCUUUCUCAAGGAAGCAGCUUCCCGUGUGUACGAAGACAAGAUUGCCAAUACUUUUGCCAGGAUCUCCACCCGUGAUGUUCAGCGCCAGCAAUCAAAGAUUCGUCUUCAAAGGCACAUCAAAGAGCUUCGGGAGCGUAAGAACAGUGGUGAACAUCGGCGAAUGAUUCGAAUGUCCCAAGAGCGGCCCAUGUCAGAAUGGGACACUGUGAUUCGGAAUUUGACACGGCCUCGCGUACCAGCACAAGGAUCCGAGAAUGACCUCGUGACCCAUGUUCCGGCUCUACGAUCAGGCACAACUUUUGAACAGGUAUAUCUGCCACCUAUCUGUGAGCUUCCAGCUUCAGGAGUAAAUUCCAGGCCAUCAUCUCCGCCGCGCCGCACAGUUGCUGAGCCACUGUUACCAACACCAUCAGCAUCUACAGUACCCAGUAACUACAACCGGUACAGCAUAGCCUCGAGCGAUCCAUAUACGGAAGAGCGGCCACCAUCAACACCACGUCGGACUGCAGCUCAACCUCUUCUCCCUACCCCCUCAGCGUCGACAGUACAAAGUUACCGGGAUCCCUACACAAUGGGCAGCGUCUCAGACAGGAACUCGCCACCUCGGCGUAUUGUUGCACAACCGCUCCUUCCAAGUCCAUCUACCUCUGCAAGCCAAAGCAACCGAGACUGGCACCGCUACAGCACAGGCACAUUCAUGCCUUCCAUCCUCGAAGACCCACCCCACCACCCCCUUUCCGUUAACCCGGAUUCAGUUCACCCAGCCUUUAGACCCCAAUCUGCUUCAACCCCCCACCACAACAACGGCCUCUACUACCGACACAUCCGUCAGCGCAGCGAAGACCAGUCAAGUUCGGCCAGCGUCAGGAGCGCGGCGCACCUGCAACAUGAACAACAACACAACAUCUACGGGUCGCAGAGCCAUGAGAACACGGCAGACAAAGCUAUUUACCGCAUUGUGGAGAUGGGAUUUACACCCGAGCAAGCGAGGGAAGCACUCAAAUUGACGGAUUUGGGUACGGGCCUGAGGGUUGAUCGUGCAGUUGAAUUGUUGCUUGCUCGACAGACCUGA